AUGAUUGUGUCCUCUACAUUCUUCAGCAUGGAAGAAAUUGAACAACUUAAGACCAGUUAUAACACUGGGGGGCUGGAAGCAGUUAUCCCAGUGAUAAAGUAUAAAUUAGAUGACCUGGAUAAUGCUCCAGUUAAUAUUGCCAUUACAGGUGAAGUGGGCUCAGGGAAAUCUACCUUUAUCACCGCUCUGCUAGGCUUGGAGGCAAGUGAGGAGGGAAGAGUCAGCAAUGAUGAAGCCAAUAGAGAGGCGAUUGUAUAUCCGCACCCUAUUCUGCCUAAUGUUAAAUUCUGGGAACUUCCAGGAAUGGACUCUUCUGACCUGCAACUAAGCGAUUACCUAAAAAUGGCAGAUGCUGAAGGGUACGACAUGUUUAUCGUCGUGUCAGACUGUUGGUUCAAAGGAGAUGACGGGGAGCUUGCUGAAGCCAUUCAGCAGGAGGGCAAACCGUUCUUGUUGGUCCAGUCUAAAACUGACAGACAGCUCCCCACCGGGGGAUUGGAGAGUGCGGCUUUUAACGAAGAAUUGCAAAAGCUCAGGGCGGACUGUGUCACCAACUUAGAGGAGAGGGGGAUAACAGGCCCCUCUGUUUUCCUCAUUUCAGGUUUCCACCAAGACAAGUUUGAUUUCCCUGCUCUAAAGGUCACCCUCGGCAACGGCCUGCGAAAUAUAAAGAAGGUCGCCUUCCUGCUCUCCCUCCCGAACAUAACCUCCCGGGUUAUAGAAGAGAAGAAGAAGAUGUUGGAGAAAAGGAUUUGGAUGACGGCGGCACUUGCUGGGGCGGUCGGAGCAGUACCAGUUCCUGGCUUGUCCUUUGCCACUGGCACUGGGCUGCUCGUUGCAGGGCUGGUGUACCUCUGGCAUCACUUGGAUCCACGGGAGAAGUGUUUGCAAGCGCUGGCUGCCACAGCCGGUAAGCCCUUGACAGUUCUGCGAACUGAAAUUCAGUCACCAGGUAAAAUAUCCCGAGCACUAGUGCGAAUACUGCUCUGCAUCACUGCUAUUGCCUGUACGAUAGCCGAGGUGAAGUUUGACUUCACACCACUGAUAGUUUCUGUCUUGGGAGCUGUCUCAUCUUUUAGUUUCACUGUCUUGCUGCUGAAAGAUUCGCUAAACGAACGUGUGAAAACCACACAAAGGCUGGUGAAGACAGCAUUUGAAACAGAUUAA